AAAAACUAUAUUGAUAAGAAUAUGUAGUGAUAUGAAUUUUGGAUUUUUCACACAAUUAUUAUAGUCCAUAUAUUUUUUCAUUUGAUUCUUUUUUUAUUUAAUGAAGUUUUUUCGUUCACCGAUAAUAUUUAAUAAUUAUAAAAAAAUAAUCUCUUGCUGUUCAAAAACAAUGGACACUGCUAAGAACCAAUUAGAUACUAUAAAAAUUGUUCAUGCCAGAUUAACUGAAAAGGUAAAGUAUUUUAAAAUAAUUAGAUAUUAACUAUGGGUAUAUGCUAUUAUUAUUAUUGGUAGGAAUCUAGUUUAGGGCUCAAGCUCGUCUUCCAAAUUUUUUUUUUUCAAAAUGUGUAUUUUUUAAUGCUUAAUCCAUUAGUAUAAUCAAAACUUACCUAUCAUACUUACUUUUGAGGUUAUUGCACAUAAAUCUUGAAAAAUGGAAUUUUUGUACUUUUUAAAAUUAUUAUUAUGAUUUGUAAUUAUUCAUAUUUUGAUAAUAAAGUUUUUUUUUAUUGAAGUUUGAAUAAGUCUAUCUGGCUUAGUUUCCCUAUUACCUACCUGACGUGAUAUUGCAUAAGAAAUCGAGGAUUAUUUUCGGUUAAAACAGUCCAAGCGAGCACAGCAAUCGAGUGACCUCAUCAGGUCUCUUGGUGCACCCUAAAUGCUUAAUGUACAUUAAUUUCAAAAGUAAAUAUGAUAGGUAAGUUUUGAUUAUACCAAUGGAUUAACGAACUUGGACCCCAAAAAUAAAUUUGUUCCUUAUUAUUAUUACAUUUAAAAAAUUAAAAUAAUAUUUAAAAGAUAUGUAUAUUAAAUUUAUUGUAUUUUCUAUUAGGCACUACUUAAAAAGAUGUUAGAUAAUUGAUAAAUCUAUAAAUUACAUUAUUUCUUUUUUAACAAAUUACAUUUUCAACUUGUAAUUGUUUUAAUUUGCAGUGCAAUAACUAAUAAUAAUUAACAAUAAAAUAUAGCCGGUAUAGAUAUUUAUUGCAGAUUUAAGAUGAAAAAAAAAAUAUAAUAUAACUACCUACUCACCUAAAUUAUGAAAUCGAUUUUAUAAUAACAAUUCAAAUAAUAUUAAUCCUAGUUUUUAUUUUAUUUUUUAGAUAGCAAUGUAUAAACAACAAGAGCUUCCCAAUAAUUAUGCUCAAGAAAUCGAACAUCUCAAAUCUGAACAAGAGUACUUGAAAGCACAGAUUAAAGCACAAUUAUUAAAAUUUGAUAUUGGGAAAUAUCUACCUGAUAAUGACGUGAGUGAUAUACAAAUGUUUUCGGAACAAACGCAGUUUAGUUGCCAAACAAUUGUAUGAAAUUUUUUUUCCAAAAUGUGUGUUUUUACAAGCUUAAUUUGAUGGUACUUUAAAAAAAAAGUCGCUAGAACUUGGAAGUUAUGGUCAAAAAACUUCAAAAUGCUUGAUUUUUCCAAAAGUCUUGUUUUUGAAUUUAAAAUACCAAAAAUGCAUAAUUUUUUUAAUUUUUUUUUCUAGAAAUGGUAGUAUAUGCUUAACAUUUUGGUGGAAUCAGAAUUCACCUUUUGUAAUUACUUUUUAUGUUAUUGUUAAUAAACCAUUUAAAACAUAAUUAUAAUGUUAUUUCAAUCAUUAGCAUAUUAAAGUAACUCAAAAUUGAUUUUUUGGACCUUUCUUUUUUCAUUUGGUGUGUAAUAACAUAAAGAAGUUUUUGGUGAAAUCAGACGUAAAUAAUAUGUUUUGGAUAGGAAGGAAUAGUGGAAAAAUGUAUCUAUUCUUAUGGAUACAUAAACAUCACAUUCUUCGGAAAAAUAUAGUUUAUUUAAUUUUUUUUUUUACUUACUGACACCAAAAUAAUAAAAAAAAACUGCGAUGGGGAGAGAGCUAAGGGGCAUGGUGAAAUUAAUACGAUUAUAACAUCAAAUUAUUGUUAUAAAUAAGAAAAUAUUUAAUAAAGUUUUAAAUUUUAAUUUUUUGAUGUGAAUUCUUCGAAUAAUCUCGACAUCUCAAUACAUAUACAAUAACUUUUGAGGUCUAUGAACGCAUUUUAAUGUGUUAUGUUAGGAAAUUAGUGUCCAAGACUGCAAUUUUUCAAUUACUGCCAAAGAAAUAGCCCCUUGGAGUUUUUACUCAAAUAACUCAUAGAUAUCGAAAAAAUAUUAAUUCUGAUUUUACUUAAAACUUCUUUAUGUUAUUACACACCAAAUGAAAAAAAAAAGGUCUAAAAAAUUAAUUUUAAGUUACUUUAAUAUACAAAUGAUUGAAAUAACAUUAUAAUUAUGUUUUAUGUGGUUUAUUAAUAAUAACAUAAAAUGUAAGUACAAUAAGGUAAUUUUGAUUUUACCAGAAUGUUAAGCAUAUAAUUACAACAAUUUCUUAAAAAAAAUUUCAGAAAAUAUACAUUUUUGGUAAUUUAAAUUCAAUACACGAUUUUUAGACAAAUUUACCAUUUUGAAGUUUUUUUGUCUAUAACUUCUGAAUGAAGUUUGAGCAACUUUCUUUUUGAAAGUGUCAUUAAAUUAAGCAUGCAAAAACACAUAUUUUGUAGAAAAAGUAAAUUUCAAAAAAUCACUUGGGAGCUUAACUGUAUUUAUGCCAUGUUUUCUAUUAAAAACUUAUCUAUCUCUUAAUGUACUAUGCAUAUACAAUAAUCUACUGAUGUAUAAAGUUGUUGGAUUAAACUUUUUUCUGCUUAAAUAAACUAUUUCUAAUAAAAAAAAAAACUAAUAGAUUACUUAGCUUGUUAAAAUAAACUAUAGUUAAGUGUGAAAAAUAUGGUUUAUGAAUAUAUUGAUGCAUAAUUGUAUUAUAAUAUUCUUUAAAAUUAAUUUAAAGUUGAAUUUACCUAUCAAUAAAAAAAAAAAACUAAUCAUUUUUAAAUGAUUUAAUAUAUUUAUAUACUUACAUCAAUUUUUAACUGAUUUUAUUAUUUUUUCAAUAUGUUUUUAUGUUAUACAAUUACAGGAUGCCAAAGUAGAUGUAAAAAGUUCUGAUAGUCCAGUCAUAAAAGAUCAAACUAAACCUAAACAAAUUAUUUUAAAUAAAACUGUUGAUGCUAAGGAUAAUACAAAUGUAAAAGAUAAUGCGAAUGUUCCUAAAACUGAAAAAAAGCAAAAACAAAAAAAAAAUAAUACUAGUAAGUAGAGCAAUACAAUUAAAAUCAAAGUUACAUAAUUUAAUAAAUAUAUUGAAUUAAUUACAAAAAUUAAAACUGGAAUACAAACUAAAAUAUUUUUUUUUAGCUCCACAAAACAUUACUACCACUCCAGUUGAUUUUGGUCGGUUAGAUUUGCGCGUUGGUAAAAUUUUAAGUGCCUCUAGACACCCCAAUGCUGAUGCUCUAUAUGUGGAAACUAUAGAUGUCGGAGAAGAAACACCAAGAACUGUUGUAUGUAUAUAAAUAAUAUGAUGUAUAUGUUACUGUGAAUGUCUGUAGUUGGUAAAUACUGACAGUCACCGGUUAAUGUCUACAUUUAUAUAACAAUAUUGGUGAAUGUUGGUUAUGCCAAUAUUGUUUUUUUUUUAAAUGUAAUCUAGGGAUAACGGAAAAGUCAAAAUAAUAGUACACUAUUAUUAAGAUAAUACUACAUAUAAUAUUAGACCUACUACCUAGUACUAAUAUAAUAUUCUGUAUUGUAUAAGUUAAUAAAUUAAUAAAAUGUUUAAUUACCUUGCUCAACGACUUUUAUUACAUCUGAAUAACAGUCAUGCUUCACUAAAAUUUAAUUGAUUUAUAUACAAAUCAACAUUUUUAAAAAUGAAAAAUAUACAUCAAGUAUUUUAUAAUAAACUUAAUAAUUUAGUAUAUAAUAAAAAAAACAUGAUAAUUAUUAUUUGCUCAAAAAUAUAAUUUUUAAUAUAUUAAAUGAACAUUUUUUCUUUGUUACACAAAACAAAAUUCUUAAAUAUAAAAUUAAUCAGAUUAAUAAAUUGGUGGGCAAAGAUAUACACGAUACUAUUACAAAACAAAGUGCACUACUAAAAUAUGUGGUUGUAGAAAUGUUGCCAUUUUAUGUAAUACAAAAUGUUUUGAUAGUUUGUCAUGUUGCAAUUAGGAGAACUAUUUCCCCAGUUUCUUUUUUUUUUAAAAAAAAUAACAAUUUUUGUAGAGUAAAAUAUUAUUUUAAAUAAUAAUACAAAUAUAAUAUUGUUUAAUAAUAAUAAUAAUUAAUUGAUACAAUUGAACAUUACUUAUUUUAUAUUUAGUGAAAAUUUUCUAACAAAACUCUUUUUAAUGUAAAACUCUAUGUAAUGUACAAAUUACUUAAUAAUGGUUGGUUUGCUUUAUAACCCAUGCAUUAGUUCUUUAACUUUUUUUAUUUCGAAAAUUCUUUAAGUAUAACAAAAGAAAUCGCUUGGUCCCUUAAGAUUCAUUAUAAAGAGUUUUCAAUGUAUUGUCUAUAGUCUAUACUAAAAUAUGUGCAAAUACGUAUGUCAACAUUAACUAAAACCAUGUUGUAUGUGUUAACAUAUACAACGAAAAUCCUGAUUUAAAUGUAAACAUUCACUAGUAAAUGUCUAAAUCUUUUUAAUUAUUCAACAUUCAUCAAUUGUGGACAUUCACAGUAACAUAUACAUUUUAAGCAUAAUUUUAUUUCAACAUUAUGUAAUUCCCAUAUUUUAAUACUGUUUAUUAAAAAAAAAAAAUGUUUAAUAAUAAUAGUUUGAUUAGUUCUAGUAACAUUAUACAUUGAUUAAUUCUAGGUCAGUGGAUUAGUGAAAUUUGUUCCUUUGGAAGCUAUGACAAAUCGUAUGGUUGUGUUGCUGUGUAAUUUAAAACCAUCUAAAAUUAGAGGAAUUCUAUCUGAGGCAAUGGUAAUGUGCGCUAGUUCACCACCGGAAAAUGUUGAAAUAUUAGAACCCCCUAAGGGUUCUGUGCCGGGUGAUUAUGUAAACGUUUCAGGAUACACAAGGUCUCCAGACAAAGUAUUAAAAGUAUUCGAAGAAAUUGCACAAGAUUUAAAAACGGAUGAAAACUUGCAAGCCACUUAUAAAUCAAUUCCCUGGACUGUAUCUGAUAAAGGAGUUGUUGUAGCAGCAUCUUUGAAAAAUGUUAAUAUUAAAUAAUUUUAUCUUAUUUGGUUAGAAUUUAAAUUUCUUGUUAUUUGAGCACUAAAAAAUAAUUAAUAUUUUUUUUUAUUGAUUUAAAAUUAAAGAAUACU